CAAGACAGCUCGCUAUGACAGUUGUACUGUGCUUGUAGAGGUGUGUGUGCGGUGCAGGACACGAUCGACAGAUCGUUCUACGAAGAGAGAUCGUUGACCGUCCGGGCAGAGCAGACCACCCUUUUAACGUGUCAUAGUGUUUGUCAUAAUUUAUAUUUUAAUGUGUUAAUAAAUAAGUAAUAGUCAAAAUUCAUCGGAAAAAGAGGAGAAUGCUGAGCCCCGAAGACCAUACGAUGGAAGAACGACGUCUCUCGCAAAAUGGCGCAAACUUUCCGGCAACUUUUAUGCAGCACCCGCCAUCGCAGCAAGCGGCUCCAACCCAAGCGGCACCAACCCAAGCAGCAACGACAGACACCGCGAAUGAUUUUAAUACCGUUUUGUAUUUGUUGCAGCAGCAGAUGGAAAUGCAGCAGAAACAAAUGGAACAACAUAUGAAAUUGGUGGGCCAACUACUACAACAACAGCAGCAGCAAUCGCAUCCUGCAACAUUUUCGCAGCAGCAGCCAGAUCAACAGGUACUCGCCAAACCUACUAAUCCUGAGUUGAUUUUAGAUGCACUUGCAAGCAAUAUUAAUGAGUUCCAGUACGAUGCGGAUGCGGGUAUUACAUUCGAGGCGUGGUACGCCCGUUACGAAGACCUGUUCGAGCAUGAUGCUUCCCGGUUGGAAGAUGCAGCUCGCGUUCGUCUGCUGACCCGUAAGCUUGGCGUUGUUGAGCAUAACCGUUUCUGCAACUUUAUUUUGCCUCGUGCUCCUCGUGACCUCUCCUUUGCCGAUGCUGUGUUGAAGCUAAAAGCAUUAUUUGGCAAAAUGGAAUCGAUCCUGAGUAAGCGAUACAAAUGCCUUACCAUAACAAAGCAACGCUCGGAGGAUUUACUUGCAUUCACGUGUCGUGUGAAUAGAGCGUGUGUUGAUGCUGAAUAUACUUCGAUGACAGAAGAUCAGUUUAAGUGCCUUGUUAUGGUAUGCGGUUUAAAGGAUGAGAGUGAUCGCGAUUUACGUUUGAAGCUUUUAUCGUUGAUAGAGGAGAAAAAUAGUGCAACUUUAGAGCAGCUUGCAAAUGAAUGCCAACGUUUGGUACGUGUUAAGGCAGAUAGUGCGAUGAUAGCGACUGAAGCUAGUGAAAGGGUGUUGGCAAUUAAAUCCGGAGGUGUAGAUUCAUAUCACCGUAAAGCCAAUGAAGGCAAGGUAAAAGCUAACGAUUUUAAUCCCCAUGGUCAGAAACAAAGAAAUUUUAUUAAAUGUUGGUUAUGCGGAGAAGGGCAUCACGCUAACAAAUGCACCAACAAGGACCGUAAAUGUAAUCGCUGCCAUAAAUUCGGUCAUAUACAAGGUUUCUGUGCCAGUGCAGGUCGAUGGUAUAAGAAUCGAAAUCGCAAGCGUGUUAGUACUGUUUGGAUUAACAGCCUAAGGUGUAUGAACCGCAAUAGCGUGAAUGUUUUGCUAAAUGGUCUGUCUGUCCGGAUGAUGGUGGAUAUCGGUGCCGAUAUCAGUAUUAUUUCGCAUGAGGAGAGGAUCCGCAUAGGAAGACCUCCAUUAAAGCCGACAAAGGUAAAGGCUAAAACGGCAUCCGGAGACCCCUUAAAGCUUUUAGGCAAUUUUAUAUGUGAAGCCAAGAUUGUAGACCAGUGCCACCAGUGUGUUAUACACGUCGCAGAAGCUGAUUUGUUGCUGUUAGGUGCGGAUUUGAUGGACAUUUUUGGUCUCUGGGAUGUGCCGUUGUCAUCAAUCUGCCGGCGCAUUGCGAAUGCAGUAACGGAUGCUGAGAAGCUGAAAGAGGCAUAUCCUGCGUUGUUUGCUGAUGGUCUGGGAAAAUGCAUGAAGACACAGGUGCAGCUAGUGUUGAAGGAAGGAGCCAUUCCGGUUUUUCGCCCAAAAAGGCCAGUGGCGUAUUCUAUGUUGCAAGAGGUUGAUGAUGAACUUCAGCGAUUGGAAAGAGAAGGUAUCGUCACACCGGUAGAAUAUUCCGAAUGGGCCGCGCCGAUUGUGGUUGUGCGUAAGGCAAAUGGAAGUAUCCGUAUCUGUGGGGAUUAUUCCACCGGUUUAAAUAAUGCAUUGAUGGCUCACCAAUACCCAUUGCCUCUUCCUGAGGAUAUUUUUGCUAGCCUGCAAAGUUGUUGCGUAUUUAGUCAGAUCGACUUGUCCGAUGCUUUCCUCCAAGUUGAGGUUGAUGAGAAGUGUCGUGAAUUGCUGACGGUGAACACGCAUCGAGGCCUAUAUAGGUAUAACACGCUACCGCCGGGUAUCAAAGCUGCACCAGGAGCAUUCCAGCAGUUGAUGGAUACCAUGUUGGCUGGACUUGAAGGAGUUGCUGCGUAUUUAGACGACAUUGUGGUUGGAGGCAAAGACAACGCAGACCAUUCAAAGAAUCUUCAAGCUGUCCUGGUUAGACUUCAGGAGUAUGGUUUUACCAUUCGGGCUGAGAAAUGUAGUUUUCAUAAGUCCCAAAUAAAAUAUUUAGGUCAUUUGCUUGAUGGAACAGGGUUGCGACCAGACCCAGAUAAAAUCUUGGCCAUCACAAAACUUCAACCUCCAACUGACGUCUCAGGAGUGAGAUCUUUCCUGGGAGCGAUCAAUUAUUAUGGCAAGUUUGUGCGGAACAUGCGAAUGUUAAGGCAGCCCCUAGAUGAUUUGCUUAAAGAGGGGAAUGUUUUUUGCUGGACCCAGAAGUGUUAGCAUGCCUUUCUACAAUUUAAAAAGAUAUUGUCGUCUGAUCUUCUACUUAUGCAUUAUGAUCCGUGAUUGGAAAUAAUUGUUUCAGCAGAUGCAUCGUCCAUCGCAAUUGGUGCUACAAUAUCCCAUAGGUUGCCAGAUGGGAGUGUUAAGGUAGUACCACAUGCAUCGCGUGCUCUGACAGCAACUGAACAGAGGUACAGCCAACCAGAUCGCGAAGGUUUAGCCGUCGUGUAUGCUGUUACUAAAUUCCAUCGCAUGCUUUUUGGUAGACAUUUCCGCUUGCAAACUGAUCACCAACCACUUCUACGGAUUUUCGGAUCGAAAAAAGGAAUUCCCAUUUACACGGCCAAUAGAUUGCAAAGAUUUGCACUAACA